UGGGCACAGGCACAGCGCAUCUGCUGCUCCGACGCUCCUCCUUCCUCUUGACCCCCUCUCCGCCCCUCCGCCGUAAUCCCGUGCUUUCCUCCCUUUUCCAGGUCCGAGCCGCCAUGGCCGCCGACGCCGCCAGCCAGUUCCAGAAGAUCCAGAUCCAGCGCGAGGACACGACCUUCGAUGCGUAUGUUGUUGGCAAAGAAAAUGCUCCUGGAGUUGUAGUUCUGCAAGAGUGGUGGGGGGUUGAUUAUGAGGUCAAGAAUCAUGCCAUCCAUAUUUCACAAAUUGGUGAUGGAUAUAGAGCACUUAUUCCAGAUUUAUACCGUGGGAAGGUUGCUUUGGAGGUAGCUGAAGCUCAACAUCUGAUGGAUGGUCUAGACUGGCAGGGUGCAAUAAAAGAUAUUCAGGCUUCAGUUAAAUGGCUCAAGGAAAAUGGAUCAUCCAAGGUUGGUGUUACUGGUUACUGCAUGGGGGGUGCUUUGGCAAUUGCAAGUGGAGUUUUGGUCCCAGAGGUUGAUGCUGUUGUUGCUUUCUAUGGGACGCCAUCUUCAGAGCUUGCUGAUCCUUCCAAGGCGCAGGCUCCUAUCCAGGCUCAUUUUGGGGAGCUUGACAGUUUUGUUGGGUUUGCAGAUGUGACUGCAGCCAAGUCAUUAGAGGAGAAGCUCAAGUCUGCUGGGGUAUCACAUGAAGUCCACAUAUACCCUGGAUGCUCCCAUGCCUUUAUGAACGCAUCGCCUGAGGCCCUCGAGAGAAGAAAAGGCAUGGGUUUGAAUGAUGAAAAUCAGGGAGCCAUUGACCUGGCAUGGUCCCGCUUCUCUACCUGGAUGGGUCGUUUCCUGUGAUCUGCAUGAGCCAUUAACGUAUUGUGUCUGAUGUAUAUAUCUGGAGUCAUCAGGUCACAACAAUAAAAUGUUGAGUACGACAUGCAGACAGUGUCCAAUCCAGACAGAUGUGCUUUUGUUAUACUAUGAGAACUCGUCAUGAUUUAAUGAGAACUUGUCAUGAUUUCA